AAUUGAGUUUUGUGAGACAGAAUUGAGUUUUGUUAGACAAAAUUGAGCCCUGUCUUGUAUGGCGCCCCGUAGUAGAAGCCAGACAGUUGUUCCGAUUUGGCCAAUCGCGAACGAAGCAGAUAUAUGUCCAUAAUGUCAUGGAGCCAUGGUUGCCAUGGAGGCGUAGUGUGUUCACUACAGUCAUUGUGCGCUACUGCGAAGCACACAUGGACUCGUAACGGAUGUCGUACUGGAGAAAAAAGCCCAAAGCAAAAUGGGAAAUUUACUUGGGAAAUGUUGCAGAAAAGAUAACGGAGCGAAAGAUAGUAAAAGGGAUAUCUAUCUUCCGGCCUUGCGUCAGUGGGAGAACCUAGUCGUUGGAAGCGCGCCUACACGGCUCACGAAUGCCCGCGCUACCAGCAACUGUUCUUUGAUCCACGACCAAAGGGCCCUACUCGCCACUCGUUCGCGCAGCGCUAUCCUCGAAGAACGCAGGGAGCGAGCGGCGAACACACCACAGAGGGCAGCACAUGCGGCGAGGCUGCGCGCCAUAGUGGGGACCGAGGAGAAGAGGAGGAUGGAUGCGGCGGCGCUGCUGCACGCUCGGGCGACGUCGGCCGCCGACGCUCGCAGCCGCAUCCUGCAGAAGCGCGUCGAGACGGUGGCCAGAGCUCCCCAGAGGGCAGCACAGGCGGUAAAGAAGAUUGCCGUCGUCGCAGCCAUGGAGGAGAGGCAGAGAGCGGCGCGCGAUCGGGUCGAGGCGGCCGAGGAGAGGCGUCGCACCAUCGCCGGCGAGCGCCGCGUCCGCUACCAGCUGCUAGCGAGCAGACGCCGAGAAGCUGUGCAGAGGCGGGCGGAGGUCGUCGCCGCCGCUGCCACCCUGACGCUGACGCCACUACUGGUUCUGCCACUGCCGGCGACGUUGCCGCUGACGCCACUACAGGUUCUGCCACUGCCGGCGACGCUGCCGCUGCCGCUGUCGCUGUCGGCGCCGCUGCUGAUGUUGAAGCUGACACUGACACCGCCAUUGCUAUACACGCUGACACCGCUACUACUACUGUCGCUAUCGUUGGCGCCACUUCUGCUGCCGCUGACGCCAAUACUGGUUCCGCCACUGCCGGCGGCGCUGCCGCUGCUAACGACGAUGUUACCGCCACUGCCCCUGCUGCCACUGCUGUUGCAGCUGAUGUUGAAGCUGAUGCUGACACCGCCAUUGCCACAGACGCUGUCGCCGUUACUGCUACUGUCGCUAUCGCUGACGCCACUCCUGCUGCCUCUGGCGCUGACGCUAACGCCACCCCUGCUGCCGCUGGCGCUAACUCUGAUGCCACUACUGGUUCCGCUACUGCCGGCAACGCUACCGCUGCCGCUGCCGCUGCCGCUGCUGCCACCGCCGUUGCAGCUGCUAACGACGCUGUGA